GAUCCCCAUAUCUUGUGUCUAUAAAUACAGAUACCAUCUUUGCCUCUAAACUCAACCAAACUCCAAGUGCACAAAGCACAAGCAUCAUAUUAAUAGCAAUCGAUCUUCAAGAGCGUUAUGGCUUUGCAAGGCAGCUUCUAUAUCUGUGCUUUCUUCGCCCUAGCUCUUGCAACCACGGCGCUUCCUCUGUCUGCAUCACUCUCUCCUUAUUACUACGACAAAACAUGCCCCAACGCCUUGAAAACCAUCAAAAGUGCUGUCGAGGAAGCCGUGAGGGAAGAGAGGCGCAUGGGCGCUUCUUUGCUUCGACUUCACUUCCACGACUGUUUCGUCCUGGGAUGUGAUGCCUCAGUUCUUCUGGACCCAGCACCCACCAUUGACAGUGAAAAGAAUGCAAUUCCUAACAAGGGGUCUCUCAGAGGAUUUGAAGUUAUCGACAAAAUCAAAUCGAGGGUUGACAAGGCCUGCGGGAAACCGGUGGUCUCAUGCGCCGACAUUGUGGCGGUUGCAGCUCGCGACUCGGUCGUUGCCCUAGGAGGGCCAACGUGGCAAGUGCCACUAGGGCGGAGAGACUCAACCACAGCCAGCAGGACACUGGCCAACCGUGACAUCCCCUCGCCAUUCCUGGACUUGCCCGGCCUCAUCGACAACUUUAAAAGGCAAGGCCUUGACGUCAAAGACCUCGUCGCCCUGUCCGGCGGCCAUACCCUGGGUUUCUCGCGCUGUAAAAACUUCAGAGAACGGAUCUACAACGAAACCAACAUCGACCCCAUCUUUGCUCGCCAGCGCCAAGCCACCUGCCCCAGAAAGGGCCACGACGGGAACCUCGCACCACUGGACCCCACACCUGCGCUCUUCGACACCAAAUACUUCUCCAGCUUGGUUAUGAGGAGGGGACUUCUGCAUUCUGAUCAAGAACUGUUCAAGUACGGUGGCCAAGCUGAUUCGUUAGUGAGUGCAUACAGCAGAUAUGCGGGGGCAUUCUCCAAGGACUUUGUUGAGUCCAUGAUCAAGAUGGGAAACAUAAAGCUAUUGACUGGUACACAAGGUCAAAUUCGUGUAAACUGCAGGAAGGUUAAUUCACAUGUUUAAUUAAUUGAAGUACGUAAUUAUAUAUAUUAAUGGGGUUGUCCUUAAAUAUACAGUACGUAGGCGAGUGCGCGCGAGUGCAUCUUUAAUUUAUUAUUUCAAAUAAAAAUUGUUGCAGCAAUAUCUGUAUCUGUUGUUGAUCAGUUAUAAGCUUAGAUAGAUGGAAGCGUAUGAUUCCUGUGAGUGUCUUAUAUUUGAUCGAUUCGAUUGUAAACCUUAAUUUAUUCAAAUGUCUUAAAUAAAAUUAUGCCUUCCUUCUGAUAA